CGGGAAACCACACAUGCGCACGCACGCACGCACGCACACACUCAGGCAGACGGUGCUGUACUUGAGCUGCUUGGGACUGAAAGUGCGUCAAUAACAGCUCUGGGUUUUUUGUGACACCUCGCCAUGCAAAUAAGAGGUAACUGUUGAUAGACAGAUGGCUUUAUUCCUAGAAGGGACAGCAGCAAGCAGUGCCAUGGAAACGUCAAAUUUUGCUCAUGUCAUCUUUCAGAAUGUGGGGAAAAGUUACCUCCCUCAUGCAGCAUUAGAAUGCCAUUACACCCUCACACAGUUCAUUAAACCACAUCCAAAGGACUGGGUCGGCAUAUUCAAGGUUGGCUGGAGCACUGCUCGUGACUACUACACGUUCCUAUGGUCAUCUCUUCCAGAGAACUACACCGAGGGAACCACAGUCAACCGAUCUGUGGUCUUCCAAGGUUAUUACGUACCGAACGACGAUAGUGAGUUCUACCAGUUCUGUUAUGUUACACAUAAGGGAGAGAUCCGCGGGGCCAGCACUCCAUUCCAGUUCCGGGCCAACAGCCCCACAGAGGAAGAAUUGCUCACAAUGGAGGAUGAAGGCGGAUCAGACAUCUUGGUCGUCACCACCAAGGCCAGUUACCUGGAGCAAAAGAUGGAGCAAAUUCAGCAGGAGAAGAAGGAACUCUUGGAGAACCUGGACCUGCUGCAGAAAGAGAGGGAUGAACUGAUUGACGAGAAGAACAGUUUACAGAAAGAAUAUGAGCUGGAGCAAGAGAGCUGCGCACAGCUCAGGAAAGAUGUGCAGGAGUUUCAGCUCUCUGCGCAGAGCUUGCAUGAGGAAAGAGAGGAAGUGAAAAGGAGGAUGGAGGAGAGCACAGCACGACUCCUGCAGUUAGAGGAGGACCUGAUUGGAGUCACUCAGAAAGGCCUGCAGAAAGAGACUGAACUAGACUGCCUAAAGGAUCGAGUGAAGAAGUUAACUUUGGAGAAAGAGGCUCUUGAGUGUCAGCUGAAGAAUGAAAAAGAUGAGAAGGAGCUUUAUAAGAUUCACCUGAAGAACCGUGAGCUGGAGAACACUAAGCUUAGUGCUGAGCUCCAGAUGUUGAAAUCUGUGGAUGUGAAUAAGGAGAACACCAUUGCUCAGCUGAAGGAGGAGCUCAGUAGAGUCAAAGCCUGCCUGGCAGAGAAAGACAAACAGCACCGCCAGCUAAUGGCCAACAGUUCACCAUCGGGGGAAAGCAAGGCCCUUAGAGAACAACUAAGGCAGAAAGAAGAGCAAUUGCAGGCCACGCUGCAGCAGGUAAACAUGCUAUCGGCUGAGCUGCGGGACUCCUCCAACGCCCGUGACAGAGGCAUGGCAGAGCUCUAUCGGGUCCGUCUGGAGGUUGAGUCCUUAAAGAAGGGACAAGCAGAGGCCCGAGCUGAGUGUAGCCAUCUGGAAAAGCAGCUGGAGGAGAUGAAAUACUCCGCCCGGCAGGAAGAGCAGUGUAAGGAGUCGGAAGGGUCAGCUUUAGCAGAAAUGCAGAGAGAGGUUGAAGAUCUACGGCUUAGACUGCAAAUGGCCGCUGAACACUACAAAGACAAAUAUAAGGAAUGCCAGAAGCUACAGAAACAAGUGUCCAAGAUCACUGAGCAGCAAGGAGUGAAAAGUAGUCCAGGUUCUGAAUCAGCAACUGGUCCUUUGUCUGCCAGUCCAGAGGCGUCUGCGCCAGGAAGCCCAAGUACAUCAGAUGCAGUGCUUGAUGCCAUCAUCCACGGCAGGCUGAAAUCUGUAAGCAAGGAGCCAGACAAAAGCGAUAAAUACAGGAAAUGCAAACAGAUGCUUAGCGAGGAGAGAGAGAGAUGCAGCAUGAUAACCGACGAGCUGGCGAAGAUGGAGGUGAAGCUGAAGGAGCAGAUAAAAGCCAACGAGAGCCUACGAAUGCAGCUUGCUGCUGAGGAGGAUCACUACAAGAGCCAGGUGGCAGAGAAAGGCCGAGAACUCAAGGAGCUGAAGGACAGUCUUGUCAUGUUGACCAAAGAAAAAGAGAAGCUAGAAAGGGAGGUGCAGAGAAGUGUCAACAAGGAGGAAGAAAGAAAAAAAGAAGACGAUCUGGACGUGCAGUCCGUUUUCCUGCAGUACCCUCUGCCUUACCCUCAGGAUGACCCAUCUCCUCUGCUGGUGUCCCAGCGUCCCAGUGAUCUGAUGUUUGGGAACCCAUACUCUUCUACUGACUCCAGAGAUGGAGCCGAUGGAGAGUUCUCUGAUGACCAGAUGCCCCGACUCCCUCCAGUCGGACCUCCAUCCUGGGACAGCAACGUGGUCUGCAUACAGCCUGCCCGUAACCUCAGCCGCCCCGACGGUCUGGAGGAACCAGAGGAGCCACAAGCAACCCAAACCGAUGAUCAGCCUACAGCCAGUGACCCCACAGAAUUCCUCAAUGAAGGACAGAUGCCAUUUUGUUUUGAGCCCAGUGGGGAGCAGAAGCGUUGCCCGCUCUGUGAAGUCAUCUUCCCUCCUCACUACGACCAGUCUAAAUUUGAGGAGCACGUGGAGAGCCACUGGAAGAUCUGCCCCAUGUGCAGCGAACAGUUUCCUCUCGACUGCGAUCAGCAGCUCUUCGAGAAACACGUCCUUACCCACUUCGACAGCAACUUGCCCAACUUCUAGCAAAGACGCCGGCAGAGAGGCUGAAGAUGCUAACCCGCUUCACAUUCAGCUCAUUUGUGUUACUGUUUAACCAGCCACUGAAAACUGCAUGAUUAGCUUUGAGCAUUCGCCUGUAGAGAAACCAUUCUUUAUUGAGACAUGGGCAAAGUGAAGGACGCAUACUGUUAUGGAAUUCCAAGUGAGAGGGGGAUAUUGGUUGCGUUUUAGGGUCUUUAUUUAUGUCUUAUGUUUUAGUUAAGGGGAUAGUUCACCAAAAAAAAAUUCAAUUCUUCACAUUAGUUUCUUCUGCAAAAUGCAAAACAGAAGAAGAGUCAUACAGGUUUUGAAUGACAUGAUGUCAAAUAAAUGGUGGAACUUUUAUUUUUAGGUGAACUAUCCCUUUAAGAAUUACUUCUGUGAUUAGGAUCACACUAUUCCUUCUGGUUCACUACUCUCAUAUUGGCAGUUUGGGUGGUUUAGAAAACAUUAAGGAAGCUGAGCAUUCUGGUGAGAACUCUCUAUAGAUUAAAUCAGGUGGCGUAUAUUUUACUCUGUCAGGGCCAUGUAUGUGAUGAUCUAAGAGGGCGGUUCUUAUAAAAUGAUCUAUUUUAGAAUAAGCUUUUAAAGACAAACCUUGAUAAUCAAAAAAUUGAGUUAGUCUUUUUCUUUAUCUAUUUAGUUCACUUAAUUUUAAUUAAGUGCAUCACACGCAUGCUCAUGUUACCUGUGCACUGGAUCACAACCUUUUUGUUCCAUUUCUUUAGUUAAACACAUAUGGUCUCAUCUUGUGUGCGUGUGUAUUAUAUACCUAAUCUAAACCAAUAAAGAUUCAUUUGAAGCAA